UUGUGUAAAUGGAUGGCCAAAUCAACAUCAGCCAAUUUGCAAUCUCGGAAAAGCCUUUUCUCUGUUAUGAGUUUAGUAACAUGUCUUGUCAGAAGAUUGUGUAUCCUUUGGAAAGCCGAAUAUUGCUCUACAUCCUUUGCAGCAUCUCUUCAGUUGUCACGGUUACAGGAAACCUGCUUGUGAUCAUAACGGUUAUUCACUUCAAGCAGCUUCACACACCGACUAACUACCUCAUCCUGUCUCUGGCCGUGGCCGAUCUGCUUGUCGGAGGAGUUGUGAUGCCGCCCAGCAUGCUGCGCUCCAUCGAGACGUGCUGGUAUCUGGGAGAUUUGUUCUGUAAAAUACACAGCAGUCUUGAUAUAACAUUGUGCACUACAUCAAUUUUAAAUCUUUGUAUCAUUUCUCUGGACAGAUACUAUGCCAUAUGUCACCCCUUUCAAUAUCACAGUAAAAUGACAUCUCUUGCUACACUAGUUAUGAUUAUUAUCUGCUGGACUGUUUCAGCUGCUCUGGGGUUUGGCACAAUUUUCAUGGAGCUUAACAUUAUAGGUGCUCAAGAUUUUUACUAUGAAUACAUCAAAUGUGACGGACGUUGCACACUGUUUCAGAGCAAAGAGGCAGCUACUGUAAUGUCACUGGCCUGUUUUUAUGUUCCUGCUUUUGUCAUGCUCUGUGUGUAUCUUAAGAUCUUACACGCAGCUCAACGACAGGUUCAGGCCAUUCAGAGUGUGAAUUCUGAAUUUAAAAAAGAGGGAAAAGCUACUAAGACAUUAGCCAUCGUCAUUGGGGUGUUUCUGAUCUUCUGGAUUCCUUUUUUUCUUUGCAAUGUUAUUGAUCCCUUCAUUGGUUACUCUGUACCACCACUGCUGUUUGACUUGUUCUAUUGGGUCGGAUAUUAUAAUUCCACCUGCAAUCCCAUAGUGUACGCCUUCUUUUACAGCUGGUUCAGACAUGCAUUUAAAAUUAUACUAUCAAAAGCAAUUUUUCAAACAAAUUCUUCCAAAACAGUACUGAUGUAAUAAUAAAAUGGCAAAUUCUUAUACUUGAUAUUACUAAU